AUGAUAAUUGAUUACCAGAAAAUCGAUACCAUAACAAUAAGACGAAAGAUGGUAUUGGAUACUUUAGUUUAUCAUCCAACGAUUACACGAUUAAUCAAAUUUUUUGAUACUAGUUCCGGUAGAGAGAAGAUAUUACGUUUAUUACAAUAUCUUUGUCGGUUUUUAGCAUUACAAGAUGAUAACUUAGCUACUUCACCGAAGAAGAGAUUAGAAUUACAAUUUUUAUUAAUUAGGAAAGUUCUAAGAUUUUUAAAACCUUUGAAUUUCAUAAGAGCAGCAUCGAAGGCGUAUGAUAAUAAAUUAACUAGUGAUUCAUUAGUUCGUUAUUGUAAGAUUUGGAAAAAUGUUGCGUUUGCCCUAUAUCUUGCCUUAGAUCAAAUAAAUUUGCUUCAUAUGUUGAAUCUUAUUCCAUUAACGAGGUUUGUGACCCAAACCAUACCACAUUGGACAAAUUUAGCUUGGUUAUUAUCGCUUUUCAUUGGUAUUGUUUUGGAUACUAGGAAGGUUCAAAUUGCUCAAACAUGCAUCUAUCAUGUGAAACAUAGAAGCGAAAAGGAUAAACAAAAUGAAUUGGAUGGUGAUGAAGACAAGAAAGUUCUUGCGAGCGCAAGGAGAGAACGCUCGAUGGCUACUAGAAAAUUGUUAUGGGACAUUCUUGAUUCAUUGAUUGUUUUAAAAAAUUUGUCCUAUAUAAAGACGAAUGAUGGAUAUAUUAGUUUGGCAGGUAUAACUACUUCUUUGAUGGGGUUGCAAGACUUAUGGAAUGGUACCAUUUAG